GUUAAACAGAGACUGUUAACUCUCGCGAGAGUUAGUGUAAGUGGGCUUUGGCUCUUCAGGGUUCAGCCUGCGGGUGGCAGACUGAAGCUGUGAAUAUGAGUGAUGAUAAACCGUUCCUCUGCACUGCUCCUGGCUGCGGACAGCGAUUCACAAAUGAAGACCACCUGGCGGUGCAUAAACACAAGCAUGAGAUGACCCUGAGGUUCGGACCGGCGCGCAGCGACAGCGUCAUCAUUGCUGACCAGACGCCGACACCGACCCGCUUCUUGAAGAACUGCGAAGAGGUGGGCCUGUUUAACGAGCUCACCAGCCCAUUUGAGCAUGACUUUAAAAAGGCCACGGAGGAGGACAUUAAAAAGUUGCCGCUGGACUUGUCUCCUCUUGCAACUCCAGUUGUUCGAAACAAAGUAGAGGAGCAAACACCCAUGGAGUCGCACCGAGACAGUCCUCUUCCCCACCCAGAGUCGACUACCACUGAUGACAAGGAGGUUUCUUUGCAGCCGCCCUCUCUGCCUCCGUCCACUAUAGUCCGCCCUCCAUCCCUUCAAGUCCCCAAUGUGCUUCUGGCCAACUCUGAGGCUGGUGUUGUUAUUCAGCAAGCUCUCCCGUCACCAACAUCUAGCUCUGUUAUAACCCACGUCCCGUCCUCUAGUAGACCCAUAGUUCCCGUGUCCGGCACCUUUCCGGUUCUGCUUCAGCUGCCGAACGGUCAGACCAUGCCGGUCGCCAUUCCAGCCACCAUCGCCAGCUCCAGCGUGCACAUACCCACUGCCAUUCCUCUGGUCAGACCAGUCACCGUAGUGCCUAGUGUUCCAGGAAUCCCCGGCCCCGCCUCUCCACAGCCCGUCCAAUCAGAAGCCAAGAUGAAGCUGAAGGCAGCGCUCAGUCAGCAGAUCCCUCAGGUAACCAAUGGCGACGCAAUAGACAUCCAAAGCAGCUCCGCCAGUGAAACUCCUCCUCCAGCCCCGCCUCCAGCUGAAGAGCAACGCCCAAAAUCACUGCAGCAGCCUGCAACAUCUACUACUGAAAUACCCGUGUCUCCCGCUCCUCCAGCCCAGCACACACCCAGUACAGGAGGUCGACGGCGGAGAACCACCAGCGAGGACCCAGAUGAGAAAAGACGGAAGUUUCUGGAAAGGAACAGAGCUGCGGCAUCCCGCUGUAGGCAGAAGAGGAAAGUCUGGGUACAGAGUCUGGAGAAAAAAGCUGAAGACUUGAGCUCUGUGAACGGACAACUACAGAACGAGGUGACUCUUCUGCGUAAUGAGGUGGCUCAGCUCAAGCAGCUCUUACUGGCUCAUAAGGACUGUCCUGUGACGCUCCUGCAGAAGAAGUCCGGAUACCAGCCACUGGAUAAAGAGGACAGCUGUGGAGAGAUGUCUGUUCCCAGCAGCCCCCAGAACGAGGCCAUCCAGCACAGCUCCAUCAGCACAUCCAACGGCGUGAGCUCAUCCACAGCGGCCUCCGUCCUCACAGCAUCCAGCCCUGCAGCCGGAGCCGCCGCUGAGCCCAGCACAGAGGACGAGGAUGAGGACGAGCUCGGCCAGCCUUCAGGAAGCUGAUCUGAGACCUGCUCGCCACUCAAUUCAGAAAAAAAGCACUUCAGCCGUUACGUAGAAACCAGACUGAUGGGGUAAUGUUUUUUGCAAUUGGAAAACCUUCUGGGAUUGUCCUUUUUAAUUUAUUUGCCUUUAUUUUGCACGAGUGAACGUUUGUUUUUAAUGAUUAUUGUUUUUUGGCCAUUCUUACAGCUCCUCUAGAGUAGAACAGUCGAGUUUUAACGUUUUUGAAUCCAUUCAGCCAAUCUCAAAGUCUCACUAUUAGCUUAGCUUAGCAUAGUUCAUUGAAUCGGAUUAGACCGUUAGCAUCGCAUUCAAAAAUAGUUUUUCAUCCAUUUGUGGAGAUUGAAAAAGCAUGAAUGGAAUUGUCUGAGAUUGUCCACUAUAUUUAUUUGUCUUUAUUUUGCACAUGAAUGAAAGUUUUUUUUAUUUUUAUUUUAUAUGAUUGUUUUUUUUUUUACGAACACUCCACUUUAUUCUUGGAAACGUGCUAAUUUUACAGCUCCUCUAGAGGAAAACAGUUGGGUUCUACUGGUUUUGAAUCCAUUCAGCUAAUCUCAAAGUCUCACUAUAAGCUUAGCUUAGCAUAGUUUGUUGAAUCAGAUUAGACCGUUUGCAUCUCGCUCACAAAUAACAAGAUUUUUGAUCGUUGACCUAUUUAUCAUUUAACUAGUCUGCUGAAGUCAGGGUACUUCAGUAAAGUUCCUUGAUUAUUACGCCAGAAAAACAUUAUAGAGGCAGGACAUAUCGAAACAAGCUCAUUUUUUAUGUUUUUAAAAUAAAAUAACAAGUUUGUUUAUUUUUUAUGAUUUUUUUUAAAGGAACACUCCACUUUAUUCUUGGAAACAGGCUAAUUUUACAGCUCCUCUAGAGGAAAACAGUCGAGUUUUACUGGUUUUGAAUUCAUUCAGCCAAUCUCUGGGUCUCACUUUUAGCUUAGCUUAGCAUAGUUUAUUGAAUCAGAUUAAACCGUUAGCAUCUCGCUCACAAAUAACAAGAUUUUUGAUUGUUUUCCUAUUUACCGCUUGACUAGUCUGCUGAAGUCAUGGUAUUCCAGUAAAGUUCCUUGAUUAUUACACCAGAAUAAGAGUAUAGUUCCAGGACAUAUCGAAACAAGCUCAUUUUUCAGCUCCUUUAGCGUAAAACUGUUGAGUUUUACUGUUUUUUUAAUCCAUUCAGCCGAUCUCAGAGUCGCACUAUUAGCUUAGCUUAGCAUAGUUUAUUGAAUCGGAUUAGACCGUUAGCAUCGCACUCAAAAAUAGUUUUUCAUCCAUUUGUGGAGAUUGAAAAAGCAUGAAUGGAAUUGUCUGAGAUUGUCCACUAUAAUUAUUUGUCUUUAUUUUGCACAUGAAUGAAAGUUUUUAUUUUAUAUGAUUGUUUUUUUUUUAACGAACACUCCACUUUAUUCUUGGAAACAGGCUAAUUUUACAGCUCCUCUAGAGGAAAACAGUUGGGUUCUACUGGUUUUGAAUCCAUUUAGCUAAUCUCAAAGUCUCACUAUUAGCUUAGCUUAGCAUAGUUUGUUGAAUCAGAUUAGACCAUUAGCAUCUCUCUUACAAAUAACAAGAAUUUUGAUCGUUGACCUAUUUAUCAUUUAACUAGUCUGCUGAAGUCAGGGUACUUCACUAAAGUUCCUUGAUUAUUACGCCAGAAAAACAGUAUAGAGGCAGGACAUAUCGAAACAAGCUCAUUUUUUAUGUUUUUAAAAUAAAAUAACAAGUUUGUUUAUUUUUUAUGAUUUUUUUUAAAGGAACACUCCACUUUAUUCUUGGAAACAGGCUAAUUUUACAGCUCCUCUAGAGGAAAACAGUCGAGUUUUACUGGUUUUGAAUUCAUUCAGCCAAUCUCUGGGUCUCACUUUUAGCUUAGCUUAGCAUAGUUUAUUGAAUCAGAUUAGACCGUUAGCAUCUCGCUCACAAAUAACAAGAUUUUUUAUCGUUUUCCUAUUUACCGCUUGACUAGUCUGCUGAAGUCAGGGUAUUCCAGUAAAGUUCCUUGAUUAUUACACCAGAAUAAGAGUAUAGUUCCAGGACAUAUCGAAACAAGCUCAUUUUUCAGCUCCUUUAGCGUAAAACUGUUGAGUUUUACUGUUUUUUAAUCCAUUCAGCCGAUCUCAGAGUCGCGCUAUUAGCUUAGCUUAGCAUAGUUCAUUGAAUCGGAUUAGACCGUUAGCAUCGCACUCAAAAAUAGUUUUUCAUCCAUAUGUGGAGAUUGAAAAAGCAUGAAUGGAAUUGUCUGAGAUUGUCCACUAUAUUAAUUUGUCUUUAUUUUGCACAUGAAUGAAAGUUUUUUUUAAUUUUUAUUUUAGGGUACUUUAGUAAAGUUCCUUGAUUAUUACGCCAGAAAAAACAUUAUAGAGGCAGGACAUAUCGAAACAAGCUUAGCAUAGUUUAUUGAAUCGGAUUAGACCGUUAGCAUCUCGUGCAAAAAUAACAAAAGUUUUGUUCAUUUUCCUAAUUAGAGCUUGACUCUUCUAUUGUUACAUGGUACGCUAAGACUGACUGAAAAUUCAGGACUAUUUUUCUGUGCUGUGUAAUAUCAUAGAUCCUUCUAAAGUCAUGGUACUUCAGUAAAGUUCCUUGAUUAAUAUGGCAGAAUGAGAGUAUAGUUCCUGGACAUUUUGAAAUAGGCUCAUUUUACAGCUCCUUUAGUUUAAGUUUUACGAUUUUUGAAUUCAUUCAGCCAAUCUCAAAGUCUCACUAUUAGCUUAGCCUAGCAUAGUGCAUUGAAUCAGAUUAGACCGUUAGCAUCUCGCUCAAAAAUGACUUGAGUUUUGCCAUAUUGACCUAGAAACUAGCAGCUUUUCUUUUUCCAUCAAUCUAAGCACACAAUGUAACUACAGAAGGGUCCAGCUUUAAAUAGGAAAAUUAGCAAAACUCUUUGGUCAUUUUUGAACGAGAUGCUAAUGGUCUAAUCUGAUUUAAUGAUCUAUGGGAAGCUAAGCUAAAAGCGCUCUUGCCAGACCAGGAGAUCGGCUGAAUGGAUUCAAAGAUGGUCAAAUUCAGCUGUUUAACUCUAGACGAGCUCUAAAAUGAGACUAAAUAAGUGACAUGUUCCUUUAAGUGAAGCUGAUUUUAGGAGUAGCUUCUAGCGGCGUGUUGUUGUGGGGUGAAUGUGUUUGACAUGAAUGAUUGUUUUCUCAGCAGUGAUUGUAGGACUUUUUUAAAACGCUUGCUUAUAUUUGUGCCAUUUAUUUAUUUAUUUAUUUACUGGUUUGUAAUUGAAAUGACUAUUUCAAUUUCUGUCUGUCUUAACUACAUCUCUGUUUUAGGUGAAAUUAGUGAUUCCCCAGGAAGCUUUUCAUGCACUUACUUUGAUAAGAAGCGUAAAGCUUUUUAUAAGUGACGUUUUUCCUGAUUAUUUACUUACAAAGUGACUGACUUUGUAUUCGUGGUGUCAUUAGUUCAUUCACUUUGGUCGUCUUUCUGAUUACAGUGUAAUUAAGGAAGCAUUGUAUAUGCCAUUAUGAUGAAAUCAUUGUGAUCUCUUCUGGUACUUUGUCUUAGGAU